AUGCGGGAAGGCUACGUAGCAGGGUUUGAUCCAUCACGAGAAGAAUCAAAUCUGCUGGUACACGUGGUUGCCUUCAGCAUUGUUCAGUUUCACAGAAAUGAGGAGGUGGCUGCCUAUGUCAAGUUGAGAAGGAAACGAGCUACUGGCAAGGCUUCUGCAACAAAUCUACCUAUCUUCAAAUUGAAAGAAUCUACAGUCAGGAGAAGAUACAGUGACUUUGAAUGGCUAAGGAAUGAACUAGAAAGAGAAAGCAAGAUUGUGGUACCCCCUCUGCCAGGAAAAGCUCUUCUCCGUCAGCUCCCGUUCAGAGGAGAUGAUGGUAUAUUUGAUGAUUCAUUUAUAGAGGAAAGGAAGCAGGCUCUUGAACAAUUCAUAAACAAGGUUGCAGGCCACCCACUGGCACAGAACGAGCGCUGUCUUCACAUGUUCUUACAAGAUGAAGUAAUAGACAAAAACUACACACCAUCCAAAAUAAGACAUACUUGAGUUCUGAAACUGUCUUCUCAAAACAUUAGUGGUUCUUAUGCUUGGUUUUAAAAGGUUGUAGUUUGUCUUAGCAUGCUGAGGAUAAACGGGCACGAAGUCUCCACUAAUCAGUACACUGCUUGGUCUUUGCAUAUGCUUUAUAAUAUGAAAGAACUCACUUGUCUUCUAGGUAAAUCCCUCUGAAUUCUUGAUUUAAGAGUAUUACACUGAGACCAUCCACCACUUGCAAUGUCUCACAAACCUUUCCACUCUUACUUGCAAUGACUUAACAAUGUUUACUGACUUGGCCUUACUUGAACUUGCACAGUUGUAGUGUCAUGUGUUCACUUGUAUUUGACUAAACUGCUAUGCUGUUUCUGAGAUAGUCAAUCUAUCUGAACUUCUGUAGAAAGACUGCUUUAUUUCUGAUACCCUGUGUGAGAAACACUUAUGCAAUUGUCUUCAAGCUUGUAAAACACUUUAUACUGAAGUAAUGAGGGAAUUAUCUUUAUAUUCUGUAAGAGGAAAAAUCAAAUUUAUAUACUAAAGUAACUUGUCUAUAAAGUUUUGAAAUAAAAGUGAAAAUGUACUUCAUAUGUUUUGUCACUCUUGA